UUUUUUUUUACCUGAAAACAUGGACUCUUCUAAUGUUUUGAUCUGGAAUUGGGAGCCUUCGAAGUGCAUGGCCAUGUAACCCAAAGGAAAUGGCCUGAUGCUGCAGACGCCACAGCAGACAUAUCCUGCCAGUUAUCCCAUAUUUUCCACCCUGGCUCAUCUGGAAAUCUCUCAGUAGAGUUUGUACAGUUUCUCAGCUGCCCCCCUCUUUCAGAGAUGGGUUUAGGGCUGUCAGCCCACCCUGGCUCUUGUGCUUGCACUAACUUUUGGAAGCAUCAGAGUGGCUGUUGGUGAGGGACCCCCAACAGGCCCAGGAUGCCAGGAUGCCCAUCACUCAGGACAACGCCCUCAGCAUCCUCCCACUGCUGGAGAACUGGCACGGGGCUCAGAACACAAGAUCACAGCAGGACUACAACCUGAAUAAAGACAAUUCUAGCUACAAGGACUGCCAUAAUGGAGAGGGGGACAGUGUGUGCAGUAGCAGCAGUGUUAACAGUGUUAACGUGGAGGACAUGUCCUUGUGUCUGGCUGCCAUUCAGAAGCUGGUGGAGUACAUUAAGUUCAACUUCAUGGAGGGUGACACAGCUCCGUCCGCCAGCCCAUCCUCCUGCAGGGAGGGGUUGGACGUUGAGGUUCAUGCUGUUUCCCUCAGUAAGGAGUUUGAUACCGCUGAGUUUGGCCUCAGUUUCGGAAACAUCCCUAUUUUUGGGGACCCUGAUGGAAGAAAGAAGGGAGGCCCGAGGAGGAGAAGGGACCAGGGCCCCAUCAUGGAUGUGGGCUGCAUCUGGGUGACAGAGGUGAGGAAGAAGAGCCCAGCAGCCCGCUGUGGGGGGAUCAAGCUGAGAGACGAACUGCUGUCACUGAACGGUCAGCUGAUGGUAGGGGUAGAUGUCGGUGGAGCCAGUUACCUGGCUGACCAGUGCUGGAAUGGAGGCUGUAUCUACCUGAUCAUGCUGCGGAGAGUCAAGCGAAAGGCUCCUCUCCCUCCCUGUAACGCCAAUGGCUGCGUCAGUACUGUCAGCAGUGACAGCUGUGAGGACCAGCAGCAGGCCGGAGCGACCUCUGAGCCCUCUGACAGCUCGACGAGCUGCAAACGCACACGCAAGUUUGGCGUCAUAUCACGAUCGUCCUUUAACCGAGACAAAAGGGACAGCACUGACUCAGAUCUCCAGAGCUGUUACAAUGGCUACAAUGGCUCUUCUGUUCCCACUGAUGCAGGAGUCAGUCCUCCAACAGAGGACUCAGGUUGCAUCCUCUCCUCACACACACCCACAGAGGCGAGUCCAGACAUCAGAACUAUUCCCCAGCGUCUACACAGAGGCACUGCCACCCUGCCUGCAAGGUGUCACAGUCAGCUGUUAGAAUACAAAAUGGAUUCUUUCAGCAGUGAACCUUCAAGUCAGCCCAGAGAGGGCAGCCACAUCUGGAAGAUGCAUCUGGUGAAGGGUGAGGAGGGCCUUGGAAUACAGAUCACAGGGGGGCGCGGCUCCAAGCGCUCUCCUCAUGGCAUCAUUAUAGCCCACAUAGAGAAGGCGGGCGCCAUUCACAGGGACGGUCGUCUUCAUGCUGGUGAUGAGUUGCUGAUGAUUAAUGGUCAGUCUCUGGUGGGGCUCACCCAUCAGGAGGCUGUUAGUAUCCUCCGCUCUACUACUGGUCUGGUCCAGCUGGUGGUGGCCAGCAGGGAGGAGUCAGAUGUGGGUUUUGAGGGCUUUCCAUCCACCAGUUUGCCGGACCUGGUCAGCACCUGCAACUCCUUGUCCUCCCUCUCCCAGACUGCUCCCUCUCUCUCCCCCCAGAACUCCAACUGCAGCAUCAGUCCGCACAGCCUGGUACACACAGAUAAUAUGUACUGUUUGACUAAUUUGGAGAAGGUAGAAGGACAGACAGGGAGUCAGGGAGAGACACCCAAAGGAUCCUGCUGCAACCCCACACCCACCAAGCUCUGCAGUCGAUCCCAGGGGGGGGGCAGUCGCCUGGAGUCAGUCGGUGAGGAUGAUGAGCUGUUGGUGGAUAAUGGUGUGAGCAGCUGUGACGUGGUGGAGAAGCCUCCAGCUGGACGACGUAAACACUCCUUACCUCAACAACUAGAUACUGUUGGAGUGAGACAGGAAUAUCAGAUCAUUAAGAAAUCAGCCCGCUCCCUGAGCACCAUUCAAGUGGAGUCUCCAUGGCGACUGGCACAGCCGUCCAUUAUCUCCAGUAUAGUGCUGAUGAAAGGCCAGGGCAAGGGCCUAGGAUUCAGUAUUGUUGGUGGGCAGGACUCAGCACGUGGCCAGAUGGGGAUUUUUGUCAAAACCAUUUUUCCUCAUGGAGCUGCAGCAGCUGAUGGAAGACUGAAAGAGGGAGAUGAGAUUCUGGAAGUGAAUGGAGAGUCUCUCCAAGGACUCACACACCAACAGGCCAUCCAGACCUUCAAGCAACUGAAAAAAGGCGUAGUGACACUGACGAUUCGGACUCGUCUGCGCAGUCCCAGCCUGACACCCUGUCCAACCCCGACCCUCCUCAGCCGCUCCAGCUCCCCCAACUCCAACACCAGCGGAGGGACUCCUGUCACCUCAGGGUGUGAGGAGGCUGACAGCCACAAAGGCCCCGGACCUGGUCCAAAAGACUGCAUCAUCAUGGAGGUCACACUUAGUAAAGAGUCUAGUGUUGGUCUUGGGAUUGGAGUUUGCUGUCUGACCCUAGAGAACUCUUCUCCUGCCAUCUACAUCCAUAGUCUGGCUCUGGGUUCUGUGGCCAAGAUGGACGGCAGGCUCAGUCGAGGAGAUCAGAUCCUGGAGGUGGACUCGGUCAGUUUACGUCAUGCUGCUCUCAGCGAGGCCUAUGCCAUUCUCAGUGAAUGUGGCCCUGGACCUGUCAGUCUCAUUAUAAGCAGGCACCCUAACCCCAAGGUAUCAGAACAGGAGAUGGACCACGUUAUAAAUCGAUCCACACACAGGGACAAAAUGAGCAAAAACAGACACUCAUCUCCCUCCCAAGGUCUGUCCUGUAAGAGCCCCAACCCAGCGAUGAAGGACCGGCAGGGAGACGGCUCCCCUGCUCUCAGCUGGACCAUGAAGAGAUUCCUGGAGCCUGCCAGUAGACAGGGAUCUCUGAGCUCAGAGACGGAGUUGUCUCAAUACUUCUCCCAGGAGGUUUCCAGCCACACCUUCUUGUCUGAAUCCAUGCUGAUGACCUCCAACAGUGAGGAGGCACUGCACCAGCGGAGCUGCAGUACUUCCAUGGAGGACAACUCAUCAAAGCCACCUGCAUUCACCCCCUCUCUAACAGAAGUGGAGAAUGGACCUGUGUACAACUCAGCGCAAGACAAGACCCCCGUUCCUCUUAAUCACCAUGUAGAGGCAGUUUGCCAGCCAGUUGCUGUCUCCAGCCCCUCCUCCGUACGAAGCCCACUUCUCCGUCAGCGACGGGUGAUGUGCUUUGAGGAAGAGCUCAGUGAUGAUGAGGACUCCAACAACGCUAGAAAUACUGGGCUCUUCCACAGACCAACACAAUCUGACUCUGUUAACUUCAGUGAAUCCCAAGCAGCCAACAUUUCCAAAGCUGAUUCAUCAGUUGUAACUGCCACAGCAUCAUUAGAUAUAAACGGAAACAGUGAAGAUGGUGAUUUGCAGAAGUGUGGAAGCCAUGAUGUGACAACACCACCCUAUGGCAGUUCACAAUGUGAGGAAGGUAUCAGCAACACGUCUGAGUCACCUGGUUCUGAGUCACCCCUCAUGCAUAUCCGCAAUGCAGGGGGGGCAAGCUAUAUGGGCUCUGGGCCCAGUAAUCUGACCAUCAAUAGUGAGAGCUAUACAAAUCAAGAUGAUGUACAGUUGGAGUUGAAGCGCUCCCCCAAGCUGGAGCAUAAAGCAGUAACGCGAGUCAAAAGUAUGAUGAGCGUUGAAGCACCAAACCUGCCCCAGCAGCAAAAGUGUAAAGUCGAUGAGCCCUCUCCAGGCUUGGGACCAUCGCAGCCCCCUUCCCAUGCCACACAGUGUGGAAGAAACCCCAAGCUGGCAGGUGGGUUGGUACCCCAUCAGCACUAUAAGAAGGGAGAUGCCAGUGAGCUUGUGGGUGUUUGUACCAUUGACACUGUGAGCCUGAGGAGAAGGGAGGACGAGUCCUUCGGUCUUGACCUGGAGAUUACAUCAUCCCCUCUGAAAGUUGUCAUUGCUGGGCUAAAGCCUGGAGGUGCAGCAGAAAGGGAAUCUACAGGCAAGCUGUGUCCUGGAGAUGAGAUUGUAACAUUUGGAGAAAAACUGGUGUGCUCCUCUACUUACCAGGAAAUCUGUGAACUCAUGCACAACCUUCCAGUUACACUGUCUUUUGAAAUUAAGAGACCAGUUUCAGCUGUAGAUCGUCUGUCCAGUUUGAUAAUGUCAUCAGGGAGCAGUGAUGGAGCUGCGACACUGCACCCAGUCAGACCUGUUCAGGGAACAUCCGACGAAGGAAAAGUAAUAAUUGCAAAUUUAGAGAAUUCCAACCACACAGCCCAAACAGACCAUGACUUUGAAAUACCAGUCACCAAUAUAGAUGAUAUUUUAUCAGAAGUGAGCCUCUGCAGUGAUACAAAUACACACACCAAAACAUUACCUGACGAGCCUGUAUCCUGCAGUUCAAGCCAACAUACAGUAACCCUGUCUGAGAAAGAAAGCAUUCAGGUUCCAAUACAAUCUGCUCCCCUGGACUCUUCCAUCUUGGAUGCAGGAAGUGAAAAAGGUGCCAUUCCCUCUGUGGAGACAACACAUGCGAACCAACUAUUCCAUCCUGAAAGACCCGAUGCUGGUUCUAAUUAUAUGUACCCAAUAGGAGAUGACAGUGAUUCCAACAGUAACUCCACCACUGAAAGCAGUGUAAUGGACAAUACGACGGCCGGCGGUGGUGGUAGUCUUCUUGAGCCCUCCUCAGAUGAGGAGGAAGUGGAGUUUUUUUCAUGUGAUGCCCAGCAACCUGCUGCUGGUGGACUCUCUAACUUAAGCCAGUCACCAAAUGGGUCUUCAUGUUUUCAGCAUGCGAGCAGUCCAAACACAAACCUGGAUCAGACCCUUGAUGUGCUGCAGGUCUCUGCUGAUGUCUCCCUGACAAACAAAGAAAACUCUGCUACAACAAACUCACAGCUCUCUCAGUUAUUAGGGGUCUCCUCUACAGAGCAGCCAUGCCAAUCUUCCAACAGUGCAAUACCUUUGUCUUCUAUAGAGGGCCACAUUAAAAGUGCCAUUGAACCCUGUGACAAAGUUAAAGCAUGUGUGGCAUCCAGUCCUGGAACUCUAAGCACUCACAGCAGCCCCUCCCCUCCAGAUAUCCACAGUGUCACUCAGGGUACGACUGCAAAUGUGCAUGCAGAUGUCUCGCUGACCUCAGCUUUAUUGGAGCAUUUGAAUACACAAACACCCCAUUUACCUUCAAUGGAAUCGGAGACCUCAGGUUCAAGCAUCGGCAGAUCAGAUACCAGCGUGUCGGCAUCGAACAAAACCAAAGUGUUAGAGUGUAAAACUUAUUCAAACCCCCAUGCUAUAUCUGUGCUGAAGAAGACUCCUGGGCUAAAUCUCCUUGAUAAUUCAGACCAUCCCAUGUGGAGUAGUAACUUUAAACUCCAAUUUGAAACUCAAAUGAGAACAAACUCUAGUGCUUCAAAAUUGAAGGGCCUUAGUAUUAAGAGUAAGAACAAACCACAGGAGGAGCCUCUCCAAAAAACUACCAAGAGUGAAAGUCCAGUUCCUUUAAACACCCAUGCUUCCUUGAACCAGUCAACAACAUCACCACUAACAGCAGCCAUGUCCAGCUCUUUGAAGUCCAAUAUCAAACCUGAUAUGAACAGCUGCCUUGAUUCGCCCAAAGUAAGCGGCAGAAGGCAAGUUUCAGUUGAGCACGGGCCGUCAGGUAGCACACUACAAACAGAACAGAUGGCCAAAGAGAAGGACUUCCAUUCAGGCUCCAAAGCUCCAGCCAAAACACACAGCCAAUCACAACCCCCGGCCAUUCAGAGAACAUUUAUUGAAGUCCGACUGUCUUCCUUAUCUAGUUCAUUACCACUAGUUAUAGCAGACAAUGAAACAAUGAAUUCAAAAGACUCUAAGCCCACUCACACAGGCAUAGAUGCAACAUCAGCAGCCAUGCUUUCUCCUGACAACUCCACAGUAGAAAAAACAAACGGCAUGGCCAGUAACACAGUAUAUACUUCACUGUGUUCUACUCAAAAAACUAAUUCAACCACAAGUAAUGGCUCAAAACCCAUUGCUAUUGGGGAGACAAGUGAGAGCCUAAAGUCCAGCACAUCCAGACUGUACAUAAAGACAAUGGAAAGACGAAGCCUCUCCACAGACAUUGCCUUGUCUGCAGACUACAAUCCCUUCUCUGUCAGAAAUAAGAUAAAGUCCUUUGAAAACCUGGCUAACUUUGACAAGCCGGUGGCUAAAAGCAGUGACACUCAGUCUUAUGCUCUGGCAUAUAGAGCCUCACUUAACCAAAGAAUUGCUGGUUAUAUGGGCUUGGUUAAUUCUAUUGACUGCCAAGCACGGCAAAGGAUUUUUAGUUCUUAUGUGGAGAAUAUAAUCCCUUCCACACCCUGCUCACCUCUUCUUGGUAAAUCUCCACCUAGCAUUGCAUUGAUAAACCUUGAGCUUCCACAUUCAAGCUGUGACACAGCUCCCCUGUCUGAAGACAACCCUGAGGCCCAAGUUCAAGAUGGGACUGCACCACGGACCCCUCAGGUGCUGCGCAGGAAACACGGGAAGCUUCCCCACAGCAGGUUGCGGCAGCUCAGGGCUCUCAGUAUGCCUGAAUUGGAAAAACUAUGCACAGAAGACUUUACCAGAGGCCAUGAUAAAGCCGUAGAUACAACUGAGCCUGGCAGGUAUCCCAAUACACCUACGAAAGCCACUAAGAGCUGUACACCUUCUGCAACCCUGACAAAAGUGGAUGUGAACAGGGUGAGCCGAGGUGAUCUUGGACCCACUGAAGAGACUCCUCAAGGAACCCCAGAGACCCAUGGACUACAGCCUGGCUGGUCAAUCAAUUUAAAGGAGCUGGCUACUUCUCCUGUGAGUCAGGGUAAGCUGCAGACGCUGCUGUCCUCCCUGAUAGUGAGAUCAUACGUGUCGGCCCUGCUGCAGGAGGCCAUGGCCCUCCCAGAGGUGAACGAUCAUACCCACCUGGUUGUCCUGAGUAAAGAAGAAGGCUCAGGGCUUGGUUUUAGUAUUGCUGGUGGAGUCGACCUUGAGCAGAAAGCAAUAACUGUUCAUCGGGUCUUCACCAAAGGGACAGCGAGCCUCGAGGGCACAAUCCAGAGAGGCGACAGCAUUUUAUCCAUCAAUGGCACAAGUCUGGGGGGUAAAACACAUGGAGAGACUGUGUCUUGCCUUCAUCAAGCCAGGCUGUCCAACCAAGCCUUAGUCGUGAUUUCGAGAGACAAGGACAGAGAGCUGAGCGUCUCUGACGUACAAGACACAGCUGGCCAGCCAAAGAGGAUGUGUUCUGCCAGAAAAAAGUGUUUGGAAGCAGGCUCAGUGGUGGAUGUGGGUCCAAGCGGUGCUUUAACGGUGGAGCUUCACACGUCUUCUGCUGGCCUGGGUUUCAGUCUGGAAGGGGGGAAGUCGUCAAGCCACGGAGACAGGCCUCUCGUUGUCAAACGCAUCUUUAAAGGAGGAGCUGCAGAGCUGUCCGGGUUCAUCCAAGUUGGCGAUGAAGUUGUGUCUAUCAACGGCUGUUCUCUGGAGGGCCUCAUGCACCAUGACGCCUGGAAAAUCAUCAAAGCCACUGACGAAGGGCCCAACCUCCUCCUCAUCCGCAAGCCGAGCACCUGACUAUCAUGUACAAGGAAAUAGAGAAAUGUGAAGCAGCCCUCUGCACGAGCAGGAGAAACCAGGAUAAGCAAUUUCCCACUUUUACAAACUUUCUGAUGGACUUCAUUUGAGAGUUUGUGUCUUGUUUUAUUAUUACAUGUGUUUGUACUUAGAAAUAGGUCAAGUUGGAUGGACCACUAACUAUUGUGGUGUACAUUGCUGAACUAUGAUUAUUUCAGAUGAAGUGCAGUUUGUUUACAAUAGAUUUACUUUGGAACACUAAGGAAAACGUUUUUUAAAUAAAGUGUGUAUGUGAAAGGA